UGCUAACCAAACACUGUCCUCUGCACCUUCUUAGCUUCCCUUGCAGCUGUUCUGUCUGAACAUAAGGCCGAGGAGAGGGCAGCUAGACCAAAUAUUUUGCUUUUAGAUGACAAUUUAUCGUGAGUUUCGUGUUUUCGUACUAGCUAAAGCUAACUAGCAAGAUAUACUAUGCUACUUUGAAGCCGACCUACUAGCAAACAGCCAGUAGAGCUAGCUAGCUAAUGUUAACAGCUAACGUUAGCCAGGUACAGAGAUAGAGGCCACCACUAACCUCACAGUGAUAGCGUGGUGCUACUUUAUUGUGUGAUAUGUCGUAAACAUUGUACCGCAGGCUUUGACGUCCACUCCGCUGCUUGGGUUGCUGUGAGACGAUGAUGCAGUCGAGCAGGUCCGAGCACAACCACAAGCGGCACUACAGUGAUAGAAGUUCAAGGCAGUGGUAUGACUAUGAUGACAGAUGGGAAGAAUGGCGUGAACCUCACAGAGAUAUACCGCAGGAUUCCUAUCAAAAAUAUGGUGGGGAUGGACAGUGUAGAGUAGAGAGGACAAGGAGAAGUAGAGAGUACAGUGACUCGCCUAAGAUGCCGUACGGCAAAGACUCAUUGAACAGAGACUGGAGCAGAGAUGGAAAGAGCUCAGUGAGGAGACGCAAUUCUUCACCUGACUGGGGUAACUCUGAUCGGAAAAGGCGAAGGUAUACAGAGGAUGAUAAAGAUGAUUACAGAUACAGGCGUGAGCCUGAAGAUAAAACAAACAGACAGUCACCAGACAGUUUUCCACGUGCACAUGUAUCCAAGGAUUUUAAGCAUUCACUAUCACAAGAGGAGGAUUUCAAAUACAGGAAAAAACCUCAAGACUCCAGACACAGGUAUCGGCACGAAGAAUUCACCUCUAGGCAACAACAUGAUGAUUUAAGUUUCAGACAGUCAUCUAGAUAUCACAAAGAUAGAGAUGGUGAUGAAAGGAGCCGAGACUGCUCACAAGAGCGGACACAAUCACACUCUAUGAAGAGUUAUGCCAAACCCAGAGAGAGGACUGACAGCUCCAUCACAGAUCAUGAAGAUUAUCGUCAAAAUAGAAGAAGGUUUCCAGUGAAUGGAUCUAGUGGACAGUCUUUCGAGAGUGAUGUCAACAACCAAAGCGCUGCUGUUCCUGAGCAAAAGUCAGCUGUGGGUUUCCAGCGUUUCCUUGAGGUGCUCAACAAGGGUGUGAAUGUCGCCAUGCUCACCAAGAUUGUGACUCGGCCCUCUAUGGAAGUGGAUGUUCGGCCACGUUCUCCAAUUUCAUCCAGGAACACUAAUCAUCCUUGGUCUCCCAGUUACACUGAGAGGCAACAGGGAAGCCACCAAAGUACCAGCCACUGGAGUGAGAGCAAGGAAUACCAGAGACCGGCUUCUCCACAGCCUCGUCACAGGUCCUCUAGCCCAAAGGGGCACUCUCUGUCUCUGUCUGAUGAAAAGUCUCUGCAAAGGGGUGACGCAGAACAAAGCCACUUCAGCUCCAACAGUAGAUCCAGGUCUCCCACAGUGGUGGAAAAGAUAACACUGACACCUGAAGAUGAGCACAAACACAGGCAGAUGCAGGAUGUUUUGCAGGCCAUUGGCAUGAAUUUAGGAUUUGAGGAACUGGGCCAAAUGUCACAUCGGAUCCAGGAACGGUUAUACGGAAAGAAGGAUAGUGAUGUUGGCCGGCAUCGCAGAGGAAGCAAGGAAAGGGACAUAAGGCAGGUGUUUUCACCAAGACGGCAAAGUAGAUCAUCAUCAUCAAGCAGAUCUAGUGUCAGUCCGUUAAAUCAGGACUACUACAAGAAAAGAGACUCAUACAGUGCUCAGAGGGAGGCAGCAGAGGUAUGCCAAGUACAGGUACAUGAAGCUGUUGAGUAUGGACUGCAUAGCAGCAGCAACAGCACAUUUCAGGAGAGUGAGACAUGUGAAACAUACACCCAGGAAAGCACGGCUACAUGUCAAGCGUUUUCUCAAAAUUCCACAUACACGUUAUCACAGUCAUCUCCCACACCUGUUAUGCCGGCCUACUCUCCAGUAAACCAUCCGCUGCUGCCAUACCCAGCUCUGCCUCCAGCUCUACCUCCAGCUCUGCCUCCUAAUUUGCCCCACCUUGGACCCAGGCUUUUUCUGCCUCGCCCGCCUCCCUUCUUCCCUUACCCCCACGUCCCACCUUUGAACAUCUUCCCAGCAGUACUUGCUCAAACAAGGACCUUACUCCCACAACCCAUGAGUAAUCCACCCCUUUUUAACCUUCCAGGUAUUAACACAAUUCAGCCUCUGAACACCACACAAAAAAAACCACCGUCAAGACCCCGCUGUUUGCAGGUCAUUGAAACCAAACAACCUGGAUGAAGACAGUUCAGUUUUAACCCUAAAACACAAAUUUGAACAUCACAUAGGAGAAAAUAAACAAACAUUCGCAAGCAAUCUGUCCAGCAGCAACAAAAAGCAAGGCAAAAAUUAACAGACAAGUAAAUUGACAAACACAUGUAGUGUUGGAGCUCUGUCCGUUGCUCAGUCUGUUCUUAUAGCUAUAGCACAAUGUCACGCUAAAGAAAAACACAGUGCAGUGUGAAGAAAGUGUUUAUUCUUUUCUGAAAACUUUGUCUUCUUGAUUUUGUUUGAACACCACCAUUUGAUUAAUUAUAAUUUUUGUUGAAAUCAUAAUUGUCCAUAGAGGUUUUUUUGGAGAUAACAGGCUUUAAACCUAAUGAAUUAGGGUUUUGGCCAACACACAACCACAAAUGUGCUCUACACUGAAGCUUCUCUGUUUGUCAGGUUCACAUGUUUUCUUUUUUGUGUAAACAUGCAGAAAAUGAUUUUGUAAAUAUUUGAAUAGCAUAAUAUUAAACACAGUGUUCCUACA